AUGGAGGAAGAGGGGAGAAUUCCGAGCGGGCAACUGGACGUUCUUCCAUUCAACGUUUGGACAUUCUUGGAUAAAAAUUAUACGGAUUGCGUGUCUCGACUCCAGGUUGGCUCGUCAUCUCCCUUGAAGAACACGAAAACUGCCAGAUUAAAACAUUCGGAGAAAGUACGAUUUGGAAGUUGCUCUAUGGAUAUUAUCGACGUACGACAGCCGGGUACACGACCAACAGAUGACGAGGGCAUACACAUUUAUGCCAUUGCUCAUGCCAAGAGUCAUAUAAUCUCAGUCACUUGUAAGUUCGUCUCUUCCUAUAACCGAAAGCUAGCGGACGAAGACGGAUGCCCAAAAAUAGCUGGCCUUGCCAUAGCUGGUGUUCUUGCACUACUUCUGUCGAUCUUCUUCUGCUAUAUGCGUUCUCGUCCUGUAGGUGUCCACAAGACAAACGAAGGCGAAUGCUGUCCAUCACGAAGUGAGGAACCGCUUGUGAAUGGAAUGCCGGCUGGUGGAAAAGAAUACUUUUGUUAG